AUGGGAGAGUAUUCGAAAGCACUUUCUUAUUACGAGAAAGCACUUGAAAUUCAACUAAAAACUCUUCCUCUAAAUCAUCCUUCAUUGGCAACCUUAUACAACAACAUUGGUUUCGCGUAUAACAACAUCGGAGAGUAUUCGAAAGCACUUACAUAUUUUGAAAAAGCACUAGAAAUUCGACAAAAAACUCUUCCUUCAAAUCAUCCUGAUUUUGCUAAAUCAUACAACAGCAUUGGUUUGAUAUACCACAGCAUGAAAGAGUACUCGAGAGCACUUUCAUAUUAUGAAAAAGCACUUGAAAUUCAACAAAAAACUGUUUCUUCAAAUUAUCCUUCAUUGGCUACUUCAUACGACAGCAUCGGUAGGCUGUAUGAUGAUAUGGGACAGUACUCAAAAGCACUUUCAUUUCACGAGAAAGCACUAAAAAUUCGACAAAAAACUUUUCCUUCGGAUCAUCCUGAUUUGUCUAAAUCAUACAACAACAUCGGUGUAUUGUAUAACAACAUGGGAGAGUACUCGAAAGCACUUUCAUUUCACGAAAAAGCACUAGCCACUUACCAAAAAACUUUUCUUUCAAAUCAUCCUGAUUUGGCUACUUCAUACAACAACAUCGGUUUAGUGUAUAACAACAUGCGGGAGUACUCGAAAGCACUUUCUUAUUACGAGAAAGCACUUGAAAUUCAACUAAAAACUCUUCCUCCAAAUUGUCCUUUAUUGGCAACCUUAUACAACAACAUUGGUUUCGCGUAUAACGACAUCGGAGAGUAUUCAAAAGCACUUUCAUAUUAUGAGAAAGCACUGGACGUUCAACAAAAAACUCUUCCUUCAAAUCAUCCUGAUUUGGCUGCUUCGUACAACAACAUCGGUUUCGUGUAUGACAACAUAGGAGACUAUUCAAAAGCACUCUCACAUUUAGAAUGUGCUCUGAACAUAUGUCAGCGUGCAUUUCCUGAAACUCAUCGUCAGAUUAAAGAUGUGGAAAAGGGUAUUGAAAUUGUAAAAGAGAAAUUACUCUUUAAAAAGAAACGGUGCCAUAGUGCACCAUAA